CGCCUGCCUCGCCAUGAUCAAGGCCAUCCUCAUCUUCAACAACCACGGCAAACCGCGCCUCUCCAAGUUCUACCAGCGCUAUAGUGAAGAUAUACAACAACAAAUUAUCAGAGAAACUUUCCAUUUAGUAUCCAAACGUGAUGAAAAUGUUUGUAACUUCUUAGAAGGAGGCUUAUUAAUCGGUGGAUCUGACAACAAACUCAUUUACCGACACUAUGCCACAUUGUACUUUGUCUUCUGUGUGGAUUCUUCAGAAAGUGAACUUGGUAUUUUAGACCUAAUACAAGUAUUCGUGGAAACACUUGACAAGUGUUUUGAAAAUGUCUGUGAACUGGAUUUAAUUUUCCAUGUAGAUAAGGUCCAUAACAUUUUGGCUGAAAUGGUCAUGGGUGGAAUGGUUUUGGAGACCAACAUGAAUGAAAUUGUUACUCAGAUUGAUGCACAAAAUAAACUGGAGAAGUCUGAGGCUGGUUUAGCAGGAGCCCCUGCACGGGCUGUGUCAGCUGUAAAGAAUAUGAAUCUUCCAGAGAUCCCAAGAAAUAUUAAUAUUGGUGACAUCAGUAUAAAAGUGCCAAACCUGCCCUCUUUUAAAUAAUAUGACUACUCCAGGUAAAAUCAAGGAAAACAUGUAAUGGAGAUUUACCAUAUAAUUGUUUACCAAAUAAAGGAAAUGUCUAAAUUUUGCUAUUUCAAUAAGUGAAGGUACUGUAUAGAAAUUCUGUGUAAAAUCAGUGUGUGAAGUUGAAUGUUGCUUUUGUGUUGCUCAGUGAAUUUAAAGGAAAUGGAUUGUUUCUGUGUGAUUUUUAAAUUACAUUCCUAUGCCCAUGUAAGGCAUAUCACUAUGUCUUGGCUGCUGCAGUAUUUUGGGAAAGUAUUUAAGAUGUUCUCUACUUUGUAUAACCUAUAAUGUUGAGGUUUUUUUAUGUCCACUUAGGUCCGUAUUUAGUGCUUUCCUUAACUACUUUUGCUGUCAUGAUUAUUUAAGAUCCAACCACAUGUUGCAUGAAGACCUAAUACUUUUUUUUUCUUUAAAUAAAAUCAUAAUGACCUGGACAUCUAAAUA